GCUUCCCGCGGGGCCUGGGCGCGCGCUCCGCUCCCCCUACCCCCGUAGAAGAUUUCCAGAUUGCGCGCGCCCGGGCCGAAGGGACGCUGCCCAUACCGAUCACGUGAGAGGUUUAGGCCGCACACUCCCGGGGGCAGCCAUUUUCUUAAGGGCGAUUACUGUAUGCUCAAGACCUUCUCCGAGAAUGGUACUGCCAUGAGAAAACCUAAAAUGCUUCUGAGUCCAGUUUUAACUCUGGGGACAAGGCGGAAAGAAAAAGCCUCGCCAUUUAGACCCAGAAGUGUGUUAAUCAAGGUGUCAACUUGAUUUUUCGGUCCUUAGAAAAAAAGUCAAACAAACACGGAAGCUGGGACCUUAUUCUUUAAAUACACAAUCCAAGCAGCACAAUUUAGAUGGACUCGUUAGGGGCUGACAAGCCCUCGUGAGCUCCAAGAAUCGAGCCCUAGUCCUUUAAGGACUCGCUGAGGGGGCGGGGCCUACGGCGGAAGGUGUCACGCUGGGCCGAAGUCCGGCAGAUGAAGGGCGGAAGUAGCGCGUUCAGUUCUACCAUCAUGGCGCAGGAAGAAGAAGAUGUUAGAGAUUACAAUUUAACUGAGGACCAAAAAGCAAUCAAGGCCAAGUAUCCGCCAGUCAUUCGGAAGUAUGAAUAUUUGGAUCAUACAGCAGAUGUCCAGUUACACGCAUGGGGGGAGACUCUGGAGGAAGCGUUCGAGCAGUGUGCCAUGGCCAUGUUCGCUUACAUGACAGACAUUGGGACUGUGGAGCCCCUCCAGACAGUAGAAGUUGAAGCCCAAGGAGAUGACUUGCAGUCUCUUCUGUUCCACUUUUUGGAUGAAUGGCUUUAUAAGUUCAGUGCUGAUGAAUUCUUCAUACCCCGGGAAGUGAAAGUACUUAGUAUUGAUCAAAGAAAUUUCAAGUUACGUUCAAUUGGGUGGGGAGAAGAAUUUUCACUUUCCAAGCAUCCUCAGGGAACAGAAGUCAAAGCAAUAACAUACUCAGCAAUGCAAGUCUACAGCGAAGAGAAACCAGAAGUUUUUGUGAUCAUUGACAUUUAGGACACUAGAAAAAAAAAAGAAAAGAAAGACUUCUAUGAAGAACUGUUUUUCUUCUCUUGAGAAGAUAUAAUUUAAUUUCUCUCAUAUCUUUUGACAAAUGGAAAUUUACAGAACAGAAAUUUUUAAUUUAAAGGGUGACUUGCAGAAGUAGAAAACCGUCUGGGUAUGGUGGCAUUCGCCUGUAAUCCCAGCUACUCUGAGGGCUGAGGAAGGAGGAUCAAAAGUUCAAGGCGGCCUUGGCAACUUAGCGAA